UGUUAUUCUUCUCAAAUGUGAAACCACCUUUCCAACAUAUCUCUUUUAAUGCACAUACAACUUUCAGCCUUCAAUAAUCAACACAUCUGACAUACACAAUGGCCUCUUACAUUCGAGACAGUCGAAGUGCGGUGAGAGCUCACAGGCGAGACUCAUCGUCAUCAUCAUCCUCACACACAAACUCCAACCGCACAAGACCACGACUUCUUCGCUCUAGUGCAACGGAACCUUCAAUUACUGCUUCAAAUGCCAUCAGAGGCUCAUUCGCUGGCCCUGGUUCACCACAAAGAGCAACUGAUCUUCUCAACCGUGUUGCCGUCUACUCGCCAUCUCCAGAAGCCUCGACUCCAGGCCCAGUCUCACGCCACGCCGAGCCCAUCUCAAUCUGCCGUGAUGACCGAGAGCAUUCGCCAUCCAGCAGUCCAGGAAGCCAGUCCGUCGUGAUGGUCGACUCACCAUCUGGUUAUUACUUUAGCUUUCCUAGCUUUGAGGAAUGGAACAGGGACAACCAAGAGGAUAUGAACAAGGACUCAGAUGACUGAGAUGUGACGGGAAAGAGGGUGAGAGGAACCGAAUGGCCUCAAACCGAAAAAGGAAGACGACAUGACUAUGACAGAGCGACAACAGUCGCUCAUCCAGCACGGCCACACUCGCGACGAGAUACAAAAGGCUUUCGCUGAC